GUGAGUGUAGCCUGGGCUUAUGGGCACUAUAGUAACUGAAACCCCAUGUACUGCCCACACUGAGCAGCCUUACCCAGACUCCUGGGAGUAAAGGAAAAAUGGCAAAAGUGCCCUGGGCUGGUGGGUUGGUGUUCUUUAAAGAAGGGAAACACUGGUGACUCUGUGCCACUAUAUAAAUAAAUAAUGAUGAUUAUUAGAUAUUUCAGGAUCUCUGUGCCGCUGUUUGGGUUCCACGGAAAUGAUUGGGCUUGCUGCCACCCCUGAGGUUUCUCUGGCAGAUGAGCCGGUGAGAAUUCGUGCUUGGGGGCUCCCCCCGCAGACAGCGAUCACCCUGAGAGCCUGAGUACGGGAUGAGAAAGGGGAGAUAUUCCACUCCAGGGCAUUUUACCAGACUGACACAGAGGGCAAAGUGGAUCUGGAGCAGUCGGAAGCCACAGGGGGAGAUAUCCGUGGCGUUUACCCUAUGGGACUGUUCUGGGCUCUAAAACCAACCACCCCGUACCGGAGGCUGAUAAAACAGGAUGUUAUGGGGAGCCCUUUCCUUGUGCACCUGGAGCUGUAUCCUUCUGUGCUGCUUGUCCCCUCUGAGGAUCAUCUUCCUGCCGUCACUACAGUGGUGGAGAGGUGGUAUGUAGCUCCAGGGGUGCAACGGCUGCAGGUCAGAGAUGGAUGCGUCCGAGGGGCACUUUUCCUCCCACCAGGCGAAGGUCCCUUCCCAGGAGUCAUUGACAUGUUUGGUGGGCUUGGAGGCCUCCUGGAGUUCCGGAGCAGCCUAUUGGCCAGUAGAGGGUUCGCCUCUCUCGCCCUCGCUUACUUUGCUUAUAAAGAUUUUCCAAAAUUUAUGCCAAUAGCGGACCUCCCAUACUUUGAAGAAGCAGCACAGUUUCUACUGAGGAACCCUAAAGUGUCGGGGGAUGGAGUUGGAGUGGUUGCAAUGUGCAAAGGGGCAGAGAUUGCACUGUGUAUGGCCUCUUAUCUGCCGCAGGUUCAAGCUACUGUCUGUAUCAAUGGCCCCAAUGCAGUUAAUGGCAACUUUCUUACUUAUGGGGAUAUUUCUAUGGGGGCAAUCCCCUACCAGAUACAUAAAGUUCAGUUACACUCAGAAACCAUGCAAUUUAGCUCCGCUUUAGACGACUCAAGGAAACCGGAAUGUCAGGAUUCUGUCAUUCCCAUAGAGAGAGCCCGGGGCCCCGUCCUUUUCUGCGUUGGAGACAAAGACCAGAAUUGUGAGAGCUUGUUCUUUGCAAAUGAAGCUUUAGCUCGGGCACGGAAAAAGGGCAAGCAGAAUGUGUAUGUGCGGCGUUACCCAGGGGCGGGGCAUCUCCUGGAGCCCCCCGGCUCUCCUUUCUGCCCUGUUUCACAAUCCCCUUACUUUCCCCUUCCUGUAAUAUGGGGUGGGGAGCUUGUGCCCCACUGUACAGCCCAGGAAACAUGCUGGAGAGAGAUGCAGGAUUUUCUCCAUAGCAAUCUUGCCCCCGGUACCAAGAGUAAGUUAUAGGGAACAGGAUCCUUAUUGUUUCCCUGGGAUUUAAUCUGCAUUGGCCCAUUAUAUCCUGCACUUCUGAUUGGACUAUUUGUAUCAUCACAUCCCAGUGGAAAUGCUAUUGCUCCUGGCUGGGCUGCACUGUAUGAGAGGAGAGGGACAAGCCUGGGACACACAGAGGCCAUUGUUACCUAACAGAUUCCUGUAAAUGCCAUGAAGUUAUUUAUUAUACACGUAUGUGCUGAUUCCCAUUAUAAAACAAUAAAAGAACUGCACACACACUACCAAUGGUGGCAUGGGUGAAUCACCACGUCAUAGCCCCGCCCCAUGAUAUCACUGCCCCGCCUCAUCCCCAUCCUGUGAUGUCCCACCCCUUGUGACAUCACCGCCCCCUGCCCGGAGACUAAAGCCAGCAGAGAUGGCAACCCUACUAGAGCCUCAGCAGAGCGUACCGGGCCCCCCAAUUUGAUCUUUUCUCAGGGCCCACCAAGGCCUUAAAACAACCCUGAUUGGGGUAGUUAAUAGGAGCAGAACAUUCUGUGUGGAGAAGUUUGGUGGGAAAGGGUAUAAGUUGGUUAAUUGAGGCCCAGCGGCCAAACCCAGUACCAUUAGGACAUUUUGACUACAACAGCAAAACACUGCAUACACUAUAGCCCUUAAUACUGAGUAGCACUGCACCCCACAUUCAGCCCACAGGGGUAAAGGAAAGCAUGAAUGUACCCCAGCAAUCUCAGUACAAGGGUGCUACCAUAGAAUUAGCAGUACUUUCACCUCCACCUCAAUCUCCUUAUUAUACAGCAGUUUCACAUGAAGUGACCCAAACCCGGGGAGACUCAA